UCAUUACUAGAGUCGCCGCGUCUUCUUCCCUGUGAUCUCUCCGCCUUUCAAAAAAAAAUGGCGCCGAAGAAGGACAGCAAGGCUCCCCCUCCGUCCUCGAAGCCCGCGAAAUCUGGCGGCGGCAAGCAGAAGAAGAAGAAGUGGAGCAAGGGAAAGCAAAAGGAGAAGGUAAACAAUGCGGUCCUCUUUGAUCAGGCCAGUUACGAUAAGAUGCUCACUGAGGUUCCCAAGUAUAAGCAGAUUACUCCCUCCGUGCUCUCUGAAAGAUUGAGGAUCAAUGGAUCACUUGCAAGAAGGGCGAUAAAGGACUUAAUGGAGAGGGGCGCCAUUAGGGUGGUAUCAGCCCAUUCCAGCCAGCAGAUCUACACGAGAGCCACCAACACCUAGAGGCUUGGGGUUUUCCCUACUAAGACUAAGAUUGUCUCUCUAUGCUUCUCUUUGUUUCGGAGAUUAGAGGCUAAGAUUUCUCCCUAUAUUUCUCUUUGUUUCAGAGAUUGGUGAUGUUUGAAAUUUUGUCUCCUAUUGCUUGUUUAUGUUGAUGUUGAAGAAUUCCGUUGAGAACCUUGAUUAUUUCUCUUGUUUUGUGUGUUAAUGGAGUAUUUGUGAUGCAUUAGCUUAA